CCACAUUGCAUUGCGUCCUAUAUUUAGACUCAGAGGAAGGUAGCAGGUGUAAAAUAACAGGAUUACCAGAAUCACAAUUUGCAUGAAUUUGGAAUUACGUUUGCCUCCACGUGAAAUGAAAUAUGUUACUCCGGCGGGAGGGAGAGUCGGAGCAUUGUGGCGGUGUUCUUGGGGGCUAGCUAACCCUUUGUAAUGCUGGCUUUGUGUCGGGCUGCUCAUUCCUCCAGGCUUUCAGCCCGUCUCCGUACCUUUUCUCUCUGUUCCGUCGCAAGCACCUGGCUCGCGAGAUACAUUGUUGCCCUGGCAACCGGGGAAUAUCGCAACUCGUCGAGACAAAAAAGCAGUAAAGUCAAAUAAAAUAAAAACCCAUGUGCUUACAAGGUGACAUUUACAGCACGGCUGGUGAAUAGAUUACACUUUGGCUUUUUUGGAGGGUUGACGUGUUAACGUCUCUGUUGCUGUCGGAUCAAAGGGCCCGCCGGCGACUCCAGAGCGAGAAGCUCCAGAGCUUCCCAUUGUGGAGAGGAUAAACUGGCUGAUCCACCAUCACUACAUCCGUAAGGACUAUGACACCUGCAAGGCGAUGAUCAAAGAACAGCUGCAGGAGACUAACGGAAUGUGUGAAUAUGCCAUAUAUGUUCAAGCAUUAAUCAUGCGCCUCGAGGGCAAGAUCCAACCGUCCCUGGAGCUGUUUCAGAGCUGUGUCAUCCUGAAUCCCAGCAGCGCUGACAACCUCAAGCAGGUGGCCAGAUCGCUAUUUCUCCUGGGAAAGCACAAAGCAGCUAUUGAGUUCUACCACGAAGCUGCGGGGCUCAACGAGAAAGACUGGGAGAUCAGUCAUAAUCUGGGGUUGUGCUAUUUCUUCAUCAAAGACUUCAAGCGUGCUGAGGAGCAUCUAAACAUAGCUCUCCGGAUUAAUAAACACGACAAGACGUUUAUGAUGCUCGGGAAGGUUCAUCUGCAGGCUGGAGAAACCGACAAGGCCAUCGAAGUGUACAGGACGGCCGUGGAAUUCUCUCCAGAGAAUACUGAACUCUUGUCUACUCUCGGGCUGCUGUUUUUACAGCUUGGGAAAUACCAAAAAGCAUUUGAGCACCUUGGAAAUGCCCUCACGUUUGACCCCAACAAUUAUAAGGCCAUCCUGGCUGCGGGCAGCAUGAUGCAGACCCACGGCGACUUUGAUGUGGCCAUGAACAAGUACAGAGUGGCGGCCUGCGCCGUGCCAGAGAGCCCGCCCCUCUGGAACAACAUCGGCAUGUGUUUCUUCGGGAAAAAGAAGUAUGUGGCGGCCAUCAGCUGCCUGAAGCGAGCCCACUACAUGUCUCCCUUUGACUGGAAGGUGUUGUACAACCUGGGUCUGGUUCACCUGACCAUGCAGCAGUACGCCUCUGCCUUCCACUUCCUCAACGCCGCCAUCAGCCUCAACCCACGGAUGGGGGAACUCUACAUGUUACUGGCAGUGGCUCUGACCAACCUGGAGGACGUAGACAACGCCACCAGAGCGUAUGAGCAGGCUGCCAUCAUUGACGAGUCCAACCCUCUGGUCAACCUGAACUUUGCCAUCUUCCUCUACAACCAUGGCGAUAAGAAGGCCACUCUGGACCAGUAUCAGGAGAUGGAGAGGAAAGUCAACCUGCUUCGAGACAACAACAGCAACUUUGAAUUUGAUACUGAGCUCAUGGACAUGGCUCAGAAGAUGGGAGCUGCUCUGCAGGUGACGGAGGGUCUGGUGUGGACUAAACCAGGCAAGGACUCCAAAUCCAAAGCAAACUCUGCGGCGGCCGCCAAAGCCCUCGGUACCAACCAAGCUCUGGGCCAAGCCAUGUCUUCUGCCGCCAGCUACAACAAGAACCUCCAGCUGCCAACGGGUGGUUCCAUGCCCCUGGAGCCGGAACCGGAUGUGGAGACGGCCCCCAGCCCGCCCACGGAUCCUCCGGGCUCCCCAGAACCUGCAGAGUCCAAAAACCCCAGACCCAGAACCUCCAAGAGGAAAUCUAAGGUGGAGGAAUGAGUUUGCUUGGUUGCCACUAUCUGAAUGGGAAUCUUUGUCAAUAUUAUGUAGAGGAAGCAAAUGACGGUAGUUUGACUUGAAAAUAUUUUGGUUUAGGCGCCUGCUGCACAGACGAUUCACGUCCUGUACAAUAAUGUACUCGACACCAAUAAGGUCAAUCGCGAUGUGCACUUUGGUUAUACGGGAAUAUCGAAUGUCCGAAGACCAACUCACAUUUCUUCACCAAAAUUCCAAGUUGAUCGAGUGUUUCUCAUAAAUCCAUGUCGACGUGGCAGAUGUCGAAACCAAUUCCAAUUGGAUGUUUCAGUUUGAGGUUGUUCUAUUGGACAAUACGCUAACGUGCAGUUCCAAGUAAUAUUUGGAUGAGCUUAGCAAUAAGGUCAAGUCAUGAAUUUCCAGAGAGGAUGUCAGUCCUGAAACGUAUGAAAUGCUGCGACAAUCACUGGUAAAAUCAUAAAGACGUGACGGGAUGUUUAUGAAUAGUUACAGGACAUUGCUGGUUUGUAUGAUAGGGCUCUUUUUUUAAGGGUCGAGUGUAAAUAGUGAUACAUUCUUUUAUAUGUGGAUAAAUGUUAUGUUUAGAGUCAUGUAUCUGAUAUUAAUAAGAGACUUUAAAAGAAAAUAUCUGCGUCGCUUAUUUUAAUAAAAAUCUAGUUUCAA